UCACUGGCGGAGGCGUGCCCGCUUCCAAGAUGGCGGCAGCAGCGGCGGCGGUGUCGGGCGCGCUCGGCCGGGCGGGCUGGAGGCUCCUGCAGCUGCGGUGCCUGCCCGUGUCCCGUUGCCAGUCAGCCGUGGUGUCACGUGCCUUCCAUGCUUCAGCUGUGCAACUAAAGUCUUCAGAUGAGCAGAAGCAACAACCUCCCCCGUCUUUUUCUCAGCAACAUCCUGAGACACACAGGGCAGAAGAACCCAAGCCAGAGUCCUCUCGUCCACCCCCCAGGUACACAGAUCAGGGCGGUGAGGAGGAGGAGGACCAUGAGAGCGAGGAGCAGCUGCAGCACCGCAUCCUGACCGCAGCCCUGGAGUUCGUGCCUGCCCACGGGUGGACAGCAGAGGCCAUCGCGGAAGGAGCCCAGUCUCUGGGUCUCUCCACUGCAGCAGCCAGCAUGUUUGGGAAUGACGGCAGUGAGCUGGUACUGCAUUUUGUGACCCAGUGCAAUGCUCGGCUCACUCAUGUGCUGGAAGAGGAGCAGAAGCUGGUACAGCUGGGCCAGGCCGAGAAGAGGAAGACAGACCAGUUCCUGAGGGACGCAGUGGAAACCAGACUGAGAAUGCUGAUUCCGUACAUUGAACACUGGCCCCGGGCCCUCAGCAUCCUCAUGCUCCCGCACAACAUCCCAUCCAGCCUAAGCCUGAUCACCAGUAUGGUGGAUGACAUGUGGCAUUACGCUGGGGACCAGUCCACUGAUUUUAACUGGUAUACCCGCCGAGCUGUGCUGGCUGGCAUCUACAACACGACAGAGCUGGUGAUGAUGCAGGACUCGUCCCCAGACUUCGAGGACACUUGGCGCUUCCUGGAAAACCGGAUUAACGACGCAAUGAACAUGGGCCACACUGCCAAGCAGGUAAAGUCCACUGGAGAGGCACUGGUUCAAGGACUCAUGGGUGCAGCAGUGACGCUCAAGAACCUGACCGGUCUAAACCAGCGCCGGUGAGCGGGAUGGGGUGUGAGCUAGAGUGCCCAGAAGAAAACCUGCAGAUACAUUGAAAGGGCUUUGAAAGAUAUGAAGUGCCGCCCAUGGAACAGGGUGUUAAUGAGAAAACUGAAGGACUCCUGAGUCACUACGACAGCCACCUGGAAACCACAGAGCACUUGAUACAGCUGUAGCCUGCGAUCAGGCUACUUCUUCAGUUCUAAAUACCAGGCUAGGCCUCCUGAUGCCUUUCUGCAUUACCACUGUGUGACUGAAAAAAUGAGGCUCUCAUCCAAGCGUUCAAGCCACAGAAACCCGGCAUGUCCCUGUCUAUGGUCUCACAGAUACUUGAUCAUGUCUUAACCUUCCUAGAGUAAUCUCUGGGGCUCCCAAAUCAGAGUCGGGCUGUGAAACCUUUAUAAAGUGGCAGCCCAUCCCCAGCACAGCACAGACUUGUGCACACAGGCGUUCCUUGCACCCCUUCCCUUUCUGGUGUCCUGAGAUGCUGCACCUGGGAACCCCUCAGAAAGCUGCCUCACUUGAGACUGGUGCCUGCUGGACAGUGGUGCCCAGCCUGGCCAGAGGCGUGAACCCAGGCCGUUGUCGCAUUACACCAGCAUGUGUUGUAGGGUUAAGAGUCUGUACAAAUAGUAAUAAAUAUGUUUGAAGCA